AUGCUCAAGUUUGUAGACAACAAACUAAGUUCAAAAAUUGGAAUGAAAUUUAAAGUAUGGGAUUGGCAGAUACCAGAAUUAUAUGGAAUAGUUUUGGGAAUGUUUGUAAAACUUGGACUAAAGAAUACUCUUGGGAUUCGUAAAUCUGAAAUGUUGGAUUUUAUUAUCGAUGUUGAAAAAGGCUAUUUCAAAACUUCCUAUCAUUCUUUUUAUCAUGCUGUCGAUGUAGUGGCUGUCCUUUAUUAUAUUCUUACCGACUUGGGUGCUGCAAAAUAUCUAACUUCUUUGGAUGCAAUCUGCUUACUUAUAGCCGGUUUAUGUCAUGACAUAGGUCACGUUAAUGCACGAACAGAUCUCGCUAUUAGAUAUAAUGAUCAAUCAGUAUUGGAAAAUCAUUCUUGUACUCUUACAAUGGACAUUAUAACAAACCAUGGACUUUUUCGCAAUGUACAUUCUUGUAGUAACGAAUAUUUGGGUUGUGAUCCAAAAAAUGUUGAUAUCGUUCUCAAAGAUUUAAUAACUAAAACUAUCUUGGCAACCGACAUGUCUUAUCACUUUGAUUUAUUAGAAUCUUUACAUAAUAUGAUAAAAUCUAUUUCUCCUUGUUCCUCUGAAGAAUCCGGUGAAGAAAUUGAUAAUGAUUGUACUUCUUCUGCUUCUUCAAUAUCUUCUUCCCCUGAAAAUUCUGCUGCUUAUAUAAAAUCUUCAAGAAGGUAUCAACCCCGCUCUCGAAGGCGUGCUUCCAUUAUCUCCACCACUCUAGAUUCUGAACAACGUGAACUUUUAUUAAAAGUUUUACUACACGCUGCUGAUCUUAGUAAUACUGUUCGUCCUUGGGAUAUUUCUAAACGUUGGUCCGAUUUAGUUGUUGAUGAAUUCUUCCAUCAAGGCGAUCUUGAAAAACAAAAUAAUCUUCCUGUUUCCCCUAAUAUGGAUAGAAAAAAAGCUCAUCAAUGUCAAAUAAGUCUUGGUUUUGGUGACUUUGUUGUUAAACCUUAUUUUGAAGCUUUUGCUUCAUUCUUACAUGAAGCUACGAUUUUUUUGGACAUUUUGGCUGAAAAUCGUAUUCUUUGGGAUGAUAUGAAAAAUGCUCCUCCACCUCCUCCAACAUUAUUAACUCCUAUUCCUGAUGAAUCGGAAUCGGAAUCUUCUAAUGAGGUUAACGACGAUGAUUAUUGUCCUAAAGGACAACGCCGUGUCAGUUUAGCUGCUGGUUUAUUAAUUAUUCCGGAUGAUAUACAAGAAAAAUUACGCUUAAUGUCUUUACAACGUCAUCCUAAACAUCACAGAAAACUAAAACGUAGUCUAUCUGGUCGUUCAUAUACAGGAAUGAAAAAAUCUUGUGACCCAAAUUCUACCAAUGAUCAUGAUGAAAAUUCAUCUUCAACUUUAAAUCCAUCUUCAUCAGAUUUAAUAACUAAACCAAAUUCAACAAAUUCACAUUACACUAAUGGCAAAAAAUCUAAUAAUCAGAAAAAAUUGGGUAGGAUGAGACGUAGUAGUUCUUUAGAUCAUAACAUGAUUAGACAAAUAACUUCUUCAUAUGGUACUGGUGACUCUCAACCCGAGCAAAGGGUCGUUGUAGCAGGAAGUUAG